AUGCCAACAACGGAAGCAGUGGAGGCUAUAGAGGCAGAGGUCGAGGAGGACGUUUUGGAAGAGGAAGAGGUCGCUGUCGUUGGAACCUGUCCUGAUCGUUUGAUCAAACUGCAAGAGGCUCAAGAGAACGAGCCAUAUGAAACGCUAGAAGUAGAUAAACUUAUGAUGCAUGAGGUUGUGAAUUUGCAUGAGAAGAAUUGCAUCCCAAGCAAUUAUGAGACUAACAACGAUGAAGAAAAUAUCUGGUAUCUUGAUAAUGGGGCUAGUAAUCAUAUGACGGGAGAUCAGAGAUACUUCUCAAAGAUCAAUCGCUCCAUUACGAGACAAGUGAGAUUCAGUGAUGAUUCAAGAAUAGAGAUCAAAGGCAAAGGAACAAUUGAAUUCAUGGAUGAGAAAGGAGAAUCAAGAGUGAUAACGGAUGUCUACUUUAUCCCCGAUUUGAAGAGUAACAUUAUUAGUCUUGGACAAGGCACAUAA